AGGAAAACGAAACCGAACAGUCGGAGUUUCCCGAGAACUCUGAACCGCUGCAACACAGGAGUCACCCGGCGUCCYAGCACAGUAUUUAAGGAGGCUACAAACCGACUGACGGCUUGUUAGCUUCAGUUUGUCUGAAGGCAGCUACUGCCGACAUAUUUCGGGUAUUUKACCUCGAGAACAAGUGCUCGCGAGCUCAACGAUUAUUAGGUACGUCGAUCAAAACAGUGCAGUGGGCACGAGAGAAAAUGGCUCAUCAAAAACCACUGUUGAUUCCAUGGCUGCGGGAUCAGAUUGACAGCGGCAGGUAUCCAGGUGUCCAGUGGACGAACCCAGAGCAGACAGAGUUCUCUGUUCCGUGGAAACAUGCUCUGAGACAGGACUCCUCCAGUACGGAUGUUCUCAUCUUUAAGGCCUGGGCUCAGGUGAGCGGCAGCCAGCCUCACGGAGACCCCUCGAUCUGGAAGAGAAACUUCCGCAGCGCCCUCCGAGUUAAAGGCUUCGAAUUGGUGUCAGAUUCCAAGAACGACGCCGCUAACCCUCAUAAAGUCUUUCGCUGGCCGAAGGGGUCGGUAUCAGGAGCUGUCUCUGCUGCUGGAUUCCAGAAGCUGGAUGAUGCCAGUUUUGUUGAGAACUUUGAUGCACAAAAUUUUCAUGUGCCCUUCCUCGARGAAGACAUCUUCAUUCCACAAGGCAUUGUGAUUCUAGAGUACCCAGCUGGUCAUGAUAAUCUCCAGGAGUGUCUAAAUAACUUGAACAUCGGUCCUGGAGCAGAGGGCACGGCAGGCUUCGAGUUCCCGUCUGAGCAGCAACAGCUGCAGGAUCAGUUUGUGAUUGGUGGACACCCGUUGCCUGGGCAACAGCGGGAUCCAGUAACGUUUGAGGGUGCAGCCGGUGAAACUGGGUUGCCUGAGCAACCAGUGUGUCCAAUGGAGGGAGCUGAGGGAGGGGGCUACCAAGACGGGCAGUACGCGGCACAGUUCCUCCAAACAGUGAACGAGACCAGAGAGGGAGAUAGUUUCAAGACUCAUUUCAGGAUAACGGUGUACUACAGGGGGGUAAAGGUCUCUGAGCAGCUGGUUGAGAAUGAAGCUGGAUUCCGACUGGUCUACAGGCCUGAACUCAACCAUCCAGUUAUGGAUCCUGGGACGGGCCUUUCCCUGGUCUCUCUGCCACAACCUAAAGACAUUCUGGAUCAAACCCAAUCUAGGCUGACCGAAAGGAUUCUGGAAAUGCUGGGCAACGGGCUGGAGCUGCGGGUCUCAGGUUACGUGGUGUACGGCCAGCGGUGCGGCGAAACCAAAGCCUUCUGGAGCCUCUCUAAGUUUGAUGGCAGCAGACGGCCGAGAGAGAUUUCUAAACUGCAGCCAGAACCACUUUUCCUGCUCAGGGACUUUAUCAAAGGGAUUAUUGAUUUCAGUAACGGAGGUGAGUGUCCUCCCUGCUCCCUGUUCUUCUGUCUCGGGGAGAAGUGGCCUGACCCAGAGAACAGACCGCUGGAGAAGAAACUCCUCUCAGUUGAGGUGACCUUAACAGCAGCAGAGUCACUGAAGAACAUAGCUGUUGAAGGUGGCGCCUCCUCUCUGCAGUCUGUGGAACUGCAGGUGUCACUUGAAGAAAUGAUGGAGCAGUGUUGAUGUGUUUACCUGCAGAAUGUCUUUGUUUACCCUGUUUGUGUUCCGUAGUUCUGUGAAGAUUGUAAGUCUUGAUUUUACAAACAGAUCAUCUCAGAUCAAUAACGUGUACUGAAAAUGCUGCUGGGAU